UUAUUUGCUAUCAAAGCCAGCUAAGUUUACCUUCCGAGAGAAAUUGGAAACCCAACAAACGAUUCGAAUUAACGAAGAAAGGGAAAAGUCAAAUGUGCGAUAACUCACAAAUGGGGAAUCCGACCAAGAUUAAAGAUGCUAAAAAAGCUGAAUGGCUUGGAAUAAUAAUUAUAAAGAAAGGGAAGGGAAUUUUGGAAGUUCAUUCAGAUAUCUUACCAGAAGGGUUAGUUAAAAUGAAGAACUUUUAA